GCGUGGCAUGCCAGCACAAGGGCAAGCGGCCAGCUCUGCCGAUGCCAGCGCUGCCAACGACACCAAGUCGUACGUGUACCGCGCCGAGCUCGAUGGCAAGAAGAUCGUUGCAGAUUUCCGUUGGGACGGUGCCAAAGGCGCCACAAAAAUUCAGUACGCUCGUAUCAUGUUGGGCGGGUCAGCAGUGUUCCACAUGAACGUUGCCAAGGUAUUCAAGGGCAACAAGGACACCGCCUUCGAGUUCGUGAAGUCGUUGGCCGUCAAGCUCGCGGCCGGGGAGAUCAACAAGCAGGAUUGCAUCGACGAGAAAAACAAGUACGAGAAACAUGACGGUGAUCCAUCAUUACCUUCUGGUAUCAGGAUGAAGCGGCCCGCUGCAGCGAUCAAGAAGAAGCCAUCGGCAGUGGAUACGGUUGCGGAUCUCGGGCCCGAGACGGUCGCGAGCGACAGCGACUGCGAGCUCAUGAUCGGGAACGCCAAGAUUGCCGACACGCGUGCUGGCCGUGUGCGGCCCUACGAGGGGGACCACCAGGACCGACCGAUUAAGUAUCGGUUCGUAACUUAA